AUGCAGGGGGUAUUUCACUGUCCGCAUGCGCAGAGCAAAACUGCAGGACAAAGAAUAGCGGGCUCAAAGAAAUUCAAAAUGGCGCCUGUUCGACCAGGCGAAGAGGAGUUGGGAAGAAAGUGGGAUAGAUGUUUAGUGGAUACCACCUUUAAAACCGGUAUUUUGAAAAUCUACACCAGGAAAGAUAGUAUUGAUGAGACCUCACUAAAUGUUUCUUAUGUGAUUUAUUAUUAGUUGGUGGUGCUGUUUUUGGUGGCGUAUUUUCGCUUCUGUUUUUCAAAAGUAAGCUCAAUAUUGUUGUUACCUUGGUGUUUUUACAUCUUGCACUUUACCGUUUGUCACUGACAAACCGGAAAUAUGUAUUAGUUUUUUGCACAUGCUUGUGUUUAUAUGUCUUUUGCUAUGAAAAAUUAAAAGAUUAUCGUCGAAUCGAAUUGGGCUGGGCUCGGGGUCAUAAUUAGACAGAGAGAGUGGCAUGGAGACAGUAUGGUCUUGUCUCCGAACAAAUUUGCAGAGAACCGACGAUGACUUGAGGGUAUAGCGAUCCCUCGCUUACUUUUACUAUUCGUCAUACAAUAAAUUAGGUUUUAGGUUUGGCUAGUAGACGGUUUCUCCUUUGCAACUAGGCCAUUCCAAUUUAUCACAAUCAUGAUUAAAUUUGUCUACUCUUUAAUAAUCCCCCCCCCCCCCCCCUUCACCCUCCUCAAGUUGGUGGAAAAUCCAGCAGCGUAGGUGUGGGGUUUUAUCAUUCUGGGACUAUGCAAAAUCGGGCAGAAAUUGUUUUUAUUUAUGGAGAGCCCCGGGCCCCAUAUCUCGGGUGUGGGGUUGGAUAUGUUACAGGACGUCUAGAAAAAAACCCCCCCCCCCCCUCCUCACACUCCAUUAAGGUGUAGGAAAAUCCUAGUGCGGAAGGUGGUGGUCUUUAAUAGUCAGGUACACUGCAAACGGUGAUUAUUGAUUUUGUCUCUUCAGGAGCCGCCUGGCCUAUCACUUUGGGUUUAGGGGUUGGUCUUGGUGCUGGGUAUUCAAACUGUCAACAUCAGUUUCUCUGGCAUGGACCACAUGGGCCUCCAUUUCAUUUUGGAAGACCACCUUGGGCUGGAGGUGGCAGGCCAUACUGGGGAAGGCCAAGCAAGGAUGGUGAAAAACAUCCUCCUUGUCAUGAGGAGCAGAAGGUA